CGCCUGUAAAAUAAUUCUUGAAAACCAAACAAAUCCUUUCGAAAUCAAAUUGAAGCCUUCCCAGUCAUCAUAAGCUUCAUUUAUAUUCUUUCAUACAAACGUUAUAUUCAAAGACCUCAAAAUACUUUACAUCAUGACUGAUAAUGAGUCAGCAACAAAGGAACUAGAGCCGUCGUCAGAAAUAUUGGAGAGAAAAGCGCAAUUGAAAGAUAUAACUGCGCGAGCUGCUGCGAAGGAUGCGAUUAAAGAUUACAGCGCAGCCAGUGAUUUAUAUUCUCAGGCGACGGAAUUGCAAGCCGAAAUCAAUGGAGAAUUAUCUCUUGAGAACGCGGAUCUUCUUUUCGCCUAUGGCAAGUCUCUAUACAAUGUCGCUGUGAGCAAAAGCGACGUUCUCGGUGGAAAGAUAUCUGGAGAUCCUCAGGCGCAUGCAGGAGACGGCUCUACCCAAUCCACGAAUGUCAAAAAAGAUAAUCUAAUCAAAACUGCAAUGCACAAUGGUGCAAAUAAAUCGAUUGCCGGAGAAAGCGCGGGCGCUCAGGCCGAGUCCACGUCGAGCAAGCCCUUUUUCCAAUUCACUGGAGAUGAAAAUUUUGACGACGAGGAUGACGAGGAUGACGAACAAGACGAAGAGCCUGGCGAGGAAGAUGAUGAUUUUGCUAAUGCCUUUGAAGUACUCGAUCUGGCGCGUGUUCUAUACUCCAGGAGGCUAAUCCAGAUGGAAGAAGAAGGAGGAAAGAAUAAAUCUCACGAGGCAUCGUCGGAGGAAAAACACGUCAUGGAGCGUAUUGCAGAUUCCUACGACUUGCAAGCUGAAAUCUCUCUGGAGGCUGAAAGGUUUAUGGAUGCUGUUACUGAUCUUAGAAGCGCUCUCAAACUCAGGAUUUCUUUAUGCCCAACAGAAGACCCUUCUGUUGCUGAAUGCCACUACAAGCUUUCGCUUGCUCUUGAAUUUGCUUCAGCUAAUAAGCCUGAAGACAGUGAUAAUACAGAGAAAGCAACCACUGUGAAUCAAAAAAUGAGGGAGGAGGCUGUCACUCAUAUGGAAAAGGCAAUUGAAAGCUGCAGACUCAGAAUGGCCCAGGAGCAGAAGAAAAUUGAUGAAAACGGUGAUAAAGAUGGCGCUCAGGUUGUGGUGAGCAAGAGAAGUGUUGCAAACAUUAAGGAGAUUGUCAAUGAUAUGGAACUCAGGCUUGUCGAUCUCAAGCGUUCCCCAGAAUCAUUCCAGGCCCUGGAUCAGAGCAAAGAAGAUGUGAUGAAGGGAAUUCUUGGUCAGGUUGUAGGGAAAGCCUCUGCAGAGCAAACAGCCAGUCUAAACGCUGCCAUGGCAGGCGCGAAUGAUCUAUCUUCACUUGUUCGGCGAAAGCCAGUUGCAAAGCAAAUAACUGAAGAACGAGCUUAUGGAACCAAGCGGCCGGCGGACGAAGGAACAGCAACCGGAGAUCCAAAGAAGACUCGCUUGGAUGGCAGCCCUACUUCUUUAUAGAGUUCUUUCCAGAAUACUCACCAAUAAUGUUGCAAAUACAAUAUUAAUCAGAUUGAGUACUAAACCCCGCGCCUCCCAUGGGUCUCCCUUUAGCAAUUGAUGGCACUUGAAACCAUACCCACCACCUAUCAUACUAUCAGAGAUAGUCGAGAACCACGCCAUUGUUCUCUAACUACCAGUCUUCCUUCUCGAGGGCACGUAUGUAUACUGUUUCAUGUCCCAACAAAAGUGUUAUUUCCUUGAAAUAGAGUCAGUCAAUAAAUACAGUUUACCAG